AUGGCUCCACUAAAUCAACAAAACAUAAGAUUAAAAGAAAAAACUAACUAGAUCUGGAAACGUCACUUCUCCCGAUUUCUCACCCUCCGAGCACAUUACCAGUUCCAACGUCGAAUCUAGUUAAUCUUAUUGAUCUGGAAGAACCAUCUUCUUCUCUGACUCCAUUUGAUCAGAAAUUGAUCCUAAGAAUUUAACAAUUUCCAAUGAACAAUCAAUCGGGUCGGGUUUUUUUGGCGUGGUGUAUCGAGCAAAGCUCAGAAGGAAGCCGACGCAAGAAGUUUCAAGCCAUUCAAUUUAUUUCGAUGUAGCUGUAAAAGAAUCUUCAAACAAUCAUGAUAUUUCGCAAAAGAAGUUAGUCUACGAAGAAUUAAAAGUGAUGUGCGGAAUGAAGAAGCAUCCAAAUAUAUUGUCGCUGGUAGGAGUGGUUAUUGAAAGAAAUGUCAUGUUAAUUAUGGAGUACGUGGAAGGUGGAGAUCUUUUGAAGUUUUUGAAACGCAAAAGUUAUGUGAGAUAUCAGUUGGAACCCGAUGGCGAUGCACUCUGCAUGGCUGACUUGCUUUCGUUUGCAUUUCAAAUUGCACAUGGGAUGCAGUAUUUGGAACGGGUCCCCUGUGUUCACCGUGAUUUGGCUCUCCGGAAUGUUCUGAUCAAAAGAAAUGGUGUAAUAAGAAUUGCGGAUUUUGGAUUGGCAAGACGGCAUGAGAAUAAGGACUAUUAUAGAACAAGAUCAGUAGGCACUGCUAUCCCACUGAACUGGCUGGCACCAGAGUGUUUUGAAGGAAGUAUUAACAAAUUUGAUUCAAAAUCGGAUGUUUGGUCUUUCGGUGUUUGCCUUUUCGAAUUAUUCUCCCUCGGAGAACCACCGUACAAGGAAUUAGAAUCCAACAAUAUUGCGUAUGAUCUACUUUUGGCAGACUUUCUGAGAAAGGGAAAUCAGCUCUCCCAGCCUGAGCAUUGCACUCUGGAAAUAUAUACUUUCAUGAAAGCCUGUUGGAAUCUGAUUCCUGAAGCACGUCCAUCGUUCUCGGCCUGCACUAGAUUUUUUCAGAUCCGACUUAACAAGUUAUCGGAAGAGUUCUUCAUAAAGACAAUUGAAACAAUCGAGAGUGAAGCGAAUGAACAACGAUGUUAUAAAAAAUGGAUUUGA